GUCAAGAGUCUCUCCUGCUUCCUGUCGCCGGCGGUAAGUUUCACCCCAUCAGGAACGGCAUUCCCGCCUUCCGUCUACUCCUCAACGCUUUACUCGCAUCGAAUUCGAUUCUCUCGUCUCGUUUGUUUUUCAACGAGGUGAUCCUUCUCUACCAUCGACGCGCACUCACUUGCGACACUGCUAGUGAGCGAUUUGUUGCUGCGCGGGGUAUCGUGCUCAAUCCCGCCGUAAUUUUCUUCGACGCGAACUGCACUCUGGUGCCAUUGUCACUCAGAAAUUGCAUUCCUCCUUCUUCAAGUGGAAUACGCAUUGUAUAGGAAGGAGAGAAGAAACCAGGAGACAUGGCUGACAACGAGACGAUCGUGGCCCCUGUUGUGGAACCUGAGUUGGAGGAAAACAAGGAGAACAAGGAGAACAAGGAAAACCAGGGUGGCGAGGGCAAAGAAACUGCAGAGACAGAAUUGAAAUUGGCUGAAAUGAAGUUGGACUGUCCACCUUCGGCAGAUAUCGACAAAGUGACUGCGGACUUGCUUCAGUCAAGGUCAGAUAUACUCGGACGUGUACAAAAUCUGAAGAAGGACCUCCAAGAGUGGCGCGGAAAGCUGGACUCACAAGUGAAGACAUACCGACAGGAACUUGGAGAAUUACGCAGCACUCUUAACUCAGAAGUGGAGCAGCUUAGAGAUGAGUUUCAAGCACUCCGGAGCACAUUGAAGAGGCAGCUGGAUGCAACUACUGGUCUUAGCGAGUUGAGUGAGCCUCUUUAUCGAGAAGCAAAAGAGACUGGAUCAGACAUUAACAGCUUGCUGUUGUCUGAUUGCCCGGAUGGUACAUAUCCGACAACGAAGUGCGCAAAUCAAGACUCUUCCAGGGACCGGACUCGUCGCCGGAAAAAGUGAACGAUGUUAAAGAGAACGCGAGUUGAAGUUGGCGACCACAUUCUCAGCCAUAUUCUCGGCAAUGCUAUCAAUGUCUCCAUUUGAGUACCUGCAGUGAACAUGACAGCGACUCUGCGACGUACCUGUACAAAUGAAAAUCGGUUGUGGAAGAUAGUGAAAAUACUGUCUGGUGGCCUUAACCGUUCUUUAAAGCCUUGUCGUUUCCAUGCUUCAUGUCAACGCUCAACGCGAGCUAUGGACAGCGAAACCUCCGCGAUCCCAUGCCUACCCCGGGAAUGGUUGUGAGGCGACGCGCAAAAUCUACAACGAGCUAUUGUAGAAUAACAAAUUUCAAGCUGCACUUUUCGUCUUUUCUCAGGCCCUCAGCUCUCUAGAAGACAGGCAAAUGCUACAUUGGAUGUACGUGACCUUCUCAGUUGGCAUAGGACCUAUGUUUAGAUGUUGAUACAGAAUCCUCUGUGCACCUAAAAGAAUGCAGUAAAGUGGGGAAAGUUUGUCCUCUACCUCCAAUGAAAUGUUAAUUAAAUUUCUCUUU